AUGAAAGGCUCCAUGUUCGAUUUCGACGCUACUAAGGAUCAGGAAAUGGCUGCCAAAUGGGCCAACUUGACCUCCUCUCCUGAAAAAAUCGACAGAAUACCUCGUCUAAUCUGGACAGACAUCGCGACCAACACAAUGGUAGGAUCAAAGUCCGUCCUAACCGCCUUCCCCGACCACAAAAUGGAAAUCCAAACCUUCCGACGGAAAAUCACCUACAAGUAUGUCUACGCCAUCCCAGCUUUGGUGUGCUGGAUUAGUUGGUUCGGGUCAGUGAUUCUCAUUCUGUCUUUGCUGCUUUUCAAGGAGUCAAGAUCACGUCUGGCUUUGAGCAGGUUGAGAAGAAUGAUCAAUUAUCUUUCGGUGGGAAGGUCGCUUGCUGCUGUCGAUACCAAUGGUGUGGAUGAACAGACGGGGCUCAUGAGUACGAAAGAGUGGGUGCGAACUUUUGGGAAGACGGAAAUUCAUCUACGUCUGUCCAGUGAGGUGGAGAAAGAGUCAAACCAAGAGCAGAUAAGUCAGACCACGUCUGAGGACUUGCCUGCAAGACCUCGGACGGCAUGA